AUGGCGAAGCGGACCAGGCACAACAUUUGGGUUUUGACGCCGAAUCUGCGCGCUCCAUUGUGGAAUACGCUGCUCGGUCUUCACGGGAGCUUGUCUGCUUGUUUGUGGAGCUUCGCUUUCAUAUGCUCAGCUUUCUCUUGUGGAUAUUGCGGAGCCGAUACAGAGUUUUCUAUUUUGGAAGAAGCACGAGUCCUGUCCGAGCAGAUGAAGAAGCUGUCCACACAAGAACUUGGAGUAUUUACUAUGCAGAGGAUUUUCAACUCGUUUGUGUACACCGAGAAGACAUCAAACGGAGAGACAGAGGUCCAGCAGCUGGCCAAAAAGAUACGGGAGAAGUUUAACCGCUACCUUGAUGUGGUGAACAGGAACAAACAGGUGGUGGAGGCCUCGUACACUGCUCACCUCACUUCUCCUCUCACUGCGAUACAGGACUGCUGCGCCAUCCCAACAUCUAUGAUGGAGUUUGAUGGAAAUUUCAACGCGAAUGUGUCCAAGACCAUCUGCUGUGACAGACUUUCGCCCACUGUCAACAGCCGAGCUUUCAACCCUGGAAGAGACCUCAACUCAGUGUUGGCAGACAACCUCAAAUCCAACCCAGGGAUCAAGUGGCAGUACUUCAGCUCUGAGGAGGGCAUCUUCACUGUGUUUCCAGCCCACAAGUUCCACUGUAAAGGAAGUUAUGAACACCGCAGCAGGCCUGUGUAUGUUUCUGCAGUGCGUCCCCAGUCUAAACAUAUUGUUGUGAUGGUGGAUCACGGAGCAUCAGUUACUGAAACUCAACUUCAAAUUGCCAGAGACUCGGCACUGGUUAUACUAAAUGCAAUAGAUGAACAUGACAAGAUUUCCGUUCUGUCGGUGGCAGAGAUGGUCCGUUCCUGCUCUCUAGAUCAGUGCUACAAGACUCUACUUUCUCCUGCCACCAGUGAAACGAAGAGAAAAAUGAGCACAUUCAUCUCUAACAUCAAGUCCUCUGAUGGCACCACACAACAUGCAACAGGCUUCCAAAAAGCUUUUCAGCUUCUCCGAAACACCAGCAGCCUCAACAAGCAGAGCAACACUAUAGACAUGGUUAUCAUCUAUCUGUCAUCUGGGAUUACAUCUCGAGAGACAUCAGAACAGGAGAAGAAAGCGACCCUCAGUGUGGUCAAAGAAGAGAACAGACACUUCAACAACUCUGUUAUGAUACUCACGUAUGCUCUCAUGAAUGAGGGAAUUACAGGCCUGAAAGAGCUGGCCUUCCUGCGAGACCUUGCAGAGCAGAAUUCGGUGAAGUAUGGCGUUGACCGUUUUCCUCUAGCAUCCUCAUCUGGAUUAGCCACAGCUCCCAUGAUGCCUGUCGUAAAGGGCAGCAUGAUGGUGCUCAACCAGCUCAGCAACCUGGAGACAACAGUGGGCCGCUUCUAUAUCAAUCUGCCCAACCGCAUGAUAGACCUUGUUCGCUUCAGUCUGCCCUAUGCUGACCCGAUGGGAGACGGCUUUAUUAUGACUGUGAGUCGGCCCUGUUAUUUCGGGAACCUGCUCCUCGGUGUGGUCGGAGUCGACGUAAACCUGGCCUAUAUUUUGGAGGAUGUCACAUAUUAUCAAGACUCUCUGGCGUCAUACACCUUCCUCAUUGACAACAAAGGUUAUACUCUGAUGCACCCAUCACUAACGCGACCUUACCUGAUGACUGAGCCUCCACUUCACACGGAUAUUAUCCACUAUGAGAAUAUUCCUGCAUUCCAUGUUGUGCGACAGAACAUCCUCAAUCUCCCAUUGGGCAGCCAGGUCAUCACUGUUCCAGUGAACUCAUCGUUGUCCUGGCACACCAACAGACUCAGAGACAAUGGCAAAGAUGCAUACAACGUCAGCUAUGCUUGGAAAUUGGUUCAGGACACGUCGUUCAUUCUGUGCAUCGUGUACGUCCAGCCGGAGAUUCCAGUGAAACAGCUCAAAAACCUCAACACCGCACCCAGUUCCAAGCUCCUGUACCAUCGUUUAGACCUACUGGGUCAGCCCAGCUCUUGCCUCCAUUUUAAACAACUUGCGACUGUUGAAUCCCCCACAGUGAUGCUGGCAGCCGGCAGCUUCUCAUCUCCCUAUGAGCACCUCAGUCAGCCAGAAACAAAGCGCAUGGUGGAGCACUACACGGCCUACCUUAGCGAUAACACUCGGCUCAUCGCCAACCCAGGCCUCAAGUCCUCUGUCAGGAACGAGGUUAUGGCGACCAGUCACGUCACGGAUGAGUGGAUGACACUAAUGGAAAUGAGUAGCCUCAACUGCUACAUUGUGAGGCGUUACAUAGCAACGCCCAGUGGGGUGCUCCGGAUUUACCCUGGAUCAUUGAUGGACAAAGCCUUUGACCCGACCCGCAGACAAUGGUACCAGCACGCUGUGGCUAAUCCUGGUCUCAUCACGUUCACCGGGCCUUACUUGGAUGUGGGCGGCGCAGGCUAUGUAGUUACCAUCAGCCACACUAUUCAUGCAUCCAGCUCUCAGAUGGCCCCUGGCUAUGCAAUUGCUGUGAUGGGUAUAGACUUCACCCUUCGCUACUUCUAUAAAGUUCUGUUGGACCUGCUUCCCAUUUGCAACCAGGACAAGGGAAACAAGAUCAGAUGCUUCAUAAUGGAAGACAGAGGUUACCUGGUAGCCCACCCCACUCUCAUUGACCCAAAAGGGCAUGCCCCUGCAGAGCAACAGCACAUCACACACAAGGAGCCACUUGUUGCCAAUGACAUACUGAACCACCCCAACUUUGUGAAGAAAAACCUGUGCAAUAGCUUCAGUGAUCGCACUGUGCAGCGCUUCUACAAGUUCAACACCAGCAUCAUGGGGGACUUAACCAAUCUUGUCCACGGCAGCCAUUGCUCUAAGUAUCGUCUGACCCGGAUACCUGGCACCAAUGCCUUUGCUGGUAUCGUCAACGAGACGUGUGACUCUUUGGCCUUCUGCGCCUGCAGUACAGUGGACCGCCUUUGUCUCAACUGCCACAGAAUGGAGCAGAAUGAAUGCGAGUGCCCAUGUGAGUGCCCUCUAGAGGUGAAUGAGUGCACUGGGAACCUCACUAAUGCUGAAAACAGAAAUCCUAGCUGUGAGGUACAUCAGGAGCCAAUCAGUUUGAAUGUGAUUGAUCCCAGUCUACAGGACACUCUGCCUCAAUGUAUCAACACCCGCUGCAGCCAGAGAUACAGCAGCAGCGAUUGCUUUGGUGUUUUGGACUGUGAGUGGUGCAUGGUGGACAGCGAUGGAAAAACCCAUCUGGACAAGCCUUAUUGUGCUCUGCAGAAGGAGUGCUUCGGCGGGAUUGUUGGUGCAAAGAGUCCUUAUGUUGACACCAUGGGGCUCCUUGAUGAGGAGGUGGCAUCUCUGAAUAUGAUCAAAAGUGCUCCUGUGGGUCCGGUUGCCGGGGGUAUUAUGGGAUGCAUCAUGGUGCUGGUCUUGGCUGUGUACGCAUAUAGACAUCAGAUUCACAGACGCUCACACCAGCACAUGUCACCACUGGCAGCACAAGAAAUGUCAGUGAGAAUGUCCAACCUGGAUAAUGAUCGAGAUGAUAGGGAUGAUGACAGCCACGAGGACCGAGGAAUAAUAAGUAAUACACGAUUUAUUGCUGCGGUGAUCGAGAGGCACACCCACACUCCAGAACGACGACGGAGGUACUGGGGAAGAUCAGGCACAGAGAGUGACCACGGCUACAGCACCAUGAGUCCGCAAGAGGACAGCGAGAAUCCUCCUGGCAACAACGACCCACUUUCGGCGGGUGUCGACGUCGGUAACCACGACGAUGACCUGGACCUGGACACCCCGCCUCAGACAGCAGCCUUACUCAGCCACAAAUUCUACCCUUACCGGCACACGCAUACGCACCAUCACCCGCUGCACACGCACCAUCUCCAAGCGGCGGUCACUGUUCACAGCGUGGACGCAGAGUGCUGA